CAGAAGAGGAAGUGACAUCACGGCCGUGCGGCGCGGCCCUCUGGUGGCAGUGGUGAACGUCACUGACACGUCGCUUCAGUGGCUCAGUGGCCGGCAACGAGGAGGGUGGUGUACUGUGGUGACUCAAUACUCGCCUCACUCUACCACCAUGGGCAUAAAAUUCCUUGAGGUGAUAAAACCGUUCUGUGCGGUUCUGCCUGAAAUCCAGAAGCCAGAACGUAGAAUUCAGUUCAGAGAAAAAGUAUUAUGGACGGCCAUUACCCUCUUCAUCUUCUUGGUCUGCUGCCAGAUUCCCUUGUUUGGGAUCAUGAGCUCAGAUUCUGCCGAUCCAUUCUACUGGAUCCGUGUCAUCCUGGCCAGCAACAGAGGAACCCUCAUGGAGUUGGGUAUUUCACCCAUUGUUACGUCCAGUCUAAUUAUGCAGCUCUUGGCAGGAGCAAAGAUCAUUGAGGUGGGUGACACACCCAAGGAUCGUGCCCUGUUCAAUGGAGCUCAGAAGCUGUUUGGUAUGAUGAUCACCAUUGGCCAGGCCAUCGUGUAUGUGAUGACUGGCAUGUACGGUGAUCCCUCAGACCUUGGAGCUGGUGUGUGUCUUCUCAUCAUCAUCCAGCUGUUUGUUGCUGGACUCAUUGUGCUGCUGCUGGAUGAACUGCUGCAGAAGGGUUAUGGUCUUGGCUCUGGUAUUUCCCUCUUCAUUGCCACCAAUAUCUGUGAAACCAUCGUAUGGAAGGCCUUCUCUCCUGCCACUGUAAACACCGGACGUGGCACAGAGUUUGAAGGUGCAGUCAUUGCCCUCUUCCAUCUCCUGGCUACCAGACAAGAUAAGGUGCGAGCCCUGCGUGAGGCCUUCUACCGCCAGAACCUGCCCAACCUCACUAACCUGCUGGCCACCGUCCUCAUCUUCGGCAUCGUCAUAUACUUCCAGGGCUUCCGAGUGGACCUUCCCAUCAAGUCUGCUCGCUACAGAGGACAGUAUUCCUCUUAUCCCAUCAAGCUCUUCUAUACUUCCAACAUUCCCAUCAUUCUGCAGUCUGCUCUGGUGUCCAACCUUUAUGUCAUCUCUCAGAUGUUGGCAGUAAAGUUCCAGGGCAACUUCUUUGUUGGCCUGCUGGGAGUGUGGGCCGACACUGGCUCUGGAGGUCCUGGUCGGGCCUCUUACCCUGUUGGUGGCUUGUGUUACUACAUGUCUCCACCAGAGUCCUUUGGCCACAUUCUUGAGGACCCAAUCCAUGCUUUCAUCUACAUUGGGUUCAUGUUAGGCUCCUGUGCUUUCUUCUCCAAGACCUGGAUUGAAGUGUCUGGAUCAUCCGCUAAAGAUGUUGCCAAGCAGCUGAAGGAGCAGCAGAUGGUGAUGCGUGGCCACCGUGAGAAGUCCAUGAUCCAUGAACUGAACCGUUACAUUCCUACUGCUGCUGCCUUUGGUGGUCUCUGCAUUGGUGCACUCUCAGUGUUGGCCGACUUCCUCGGUGCAAUUGGAUCAGGAACGGGUAUCCUGCUUGCUGUGACGAUCAUCUACCAGUACUUUGAGAUAUUCGUAAAGGAGCAGAGUGAAAUGGGUGGUAUGAGUACCUUACUAUUCUAAGCCCACUGUAAAGAUGUGAAUGUUUUCUUCAGGAAAGACAAGUGGUGCAUAUUGAGAAACUACCAGUAAGUGGAAGGUGUUUGUAUGAAAUGGUAGUUUGCUGAAAUUAUUGUGCUGUUUGGGUAACGCCUCCCAUGUCUUGAUUUUACACGAAAGGUUAUUUAUUUUCCUCGUAUCGAUGGAAUGAGGGUUGUGUGGAUGAGAAACAAGGACAUAGUUUAUCAAAGGUUUACUUAAUACUGUUUCAACUGUUUGGGGGGAGAAAUAUUGCAACUAUUUUUGGGGAUAUGUAUUAUUGUAAGAAAUCAGUUUCUUGAAGUGAAAACUAACUGGAGGGUAGUGUGUCUGUCACGAAUAGAGGUGUCUUCUGUGAUUGAAUGAGUGGUAGAGAGAGUGAGAGGGAGAAUGAGUUGGUGCAAAUGUUUGUACUUUUUACAAGUAGUAGACAUAAGAUGUAAUAAUUCAAUAAAACAUGAGUAAAAA